AUGAAUUUUAGAUGCAUCGGUGUUGCUGGUGAGAUGUUUGUUCUUUUGUUCUUCGUGCUGAUGGCGCACACCGCUGAUGGAGACGUGAGCUAUUCCUUUCCGGAGGAGAUGAAACGCGGAUCUGUGAUUGGUAAUAUAGCAAAUGAUUUUGGUCUCGAUGUGAACAAACUGUCAUCUCGUAAGGCUCGAAUCGAUACUUUAGGUAACAGAAAACGAUACUGUGACAUUAAUCUGAAUACUGGAGAACUGACCGUGGCAGAGCUAAUCGACAGAGAGGGACUUUGUAAUGAAAGAAUUUCCUGUCCUCUUAAUUUCGAAUUAGUUCUAGAAAACCCAUUGGAGAUACAUCGUGUAACAAUACAAAUACAAGAUAUUAAUGACAACACGCCAGCAUUUCCUAAAGAUAUAAUAAAACUUGAGAUAAGCGAGAUAUCUGUGAAAGGCGCUCGGUUCCGCGUGACUGAGGCUCAUGAUGCGGACAUAGGAAAUAAUGGAGUACAAAUAUAUUCGAUUGAAAGGAAUGAGCAUUUUAUUUUGUCUGUAAGUGCAAAGGUGGAUGGUGGCAAAACUAUUGAGUUAGUAUUAGAUAAAGAGUUGGAUCGUGAGAAGCAGAAAGAGCUAACAUUAAUUCUCACUGCAGUAGACGGCGGGACUCCACCGAGAUCAGGUACUGUAGCCAUACACAUCACUGUGCUGGAUGCUAAUGAUAAUGCUCCAGUCUUUAGUCAGGCCGUCUAUAAAGUCAGUCUACCUGAAAAUUCUCCUGUAGAUACUAUAGUGGUGACAGUGAGUGCUACUGAUGCUGACGAGGGACAAAAUGGAGAGGUGACGUAUGAGUUCAGCCGAAUUUCCAGAACUGCGAAAGAAUUAUUUGAUCUGAAUGAGAACAGUGGAGAGAUUAAAGUUAAAGGCCCCACUGAUUUUGAGGAGGAAGUAAAAUAUGAGAUGAUUAUUGAGGGAAAGGAUGGCUCUGGUCUUUCUUCAGACACUAAAAUAAUUAUAGAAAUUACAGAUGUUAAUGACAAUGACCCCAUUAUAGUGAUUAAGUCUUUAAAUAACAAUGUUCCUGAGAAUGUGUUACCCGGUACAGAGGUUGGCAUCAUUAAUGUGCAGGACAGAGACUCUGAGCAAAACGGACAGGAACAGAAUUACAGAGCUCAUCUGCAAGAAAAUAACAAACCGGGCUCCUCUAUUUGUUCAGUAUCGGCUACAGACCCGGACUGGAGACAGAAUGGCACUGUAGUUUAUUCUCUGUUGUCCUCUGAUGUGAAUGGCGCAUCAGUGUCCUCCUUUCUAUCUAUUAAUGGAGACACCGGGGUCAUUCAUGCCGUGAGGUCGUUUGAUUACGAACAGUUAAAAAGUUUCAAAGUGCUCGUGUUAGCCAGAGACAACGGCUCUCCUCCUCUGAGCAGUAACGUGACCGUGAGUGUCUUCAUAACGGAUGAGAAUGACAACUCCCCUCAGAUAUUAUACCCCUCUCCGGAAGGAAACUCCUUCAUGACCGAGAUGGUACCCAAAGCUGCUCAGGCGCGCUCCCUGGUCUCCAAAGUGAUCGCCGUGGACGCGGAUUAUGGCCAAAAUGCGUGGCUCUCAUAUCACAUUAUUAAAGCGACCGAUCCGGGACUUUUCACUAUCGGUGUCCACAGUGGAGAGAUCAGGACGCAGCGGGACAUUUCUGAAUCUGACAGCAUGAAACAGAACCUCAUUGUGUCCGUGAGAGAUAACGGACAGCCCUCUCUCUCAGCCACGUGCGCAUUGUAUUUAUUAAUAUCUGAUAACUUGGCUGAAGUUCCAGAACUGAAAGACAUGUCUCGUGACGAGAGCAGCUCCAAACUCACGUUUUAUUUGAUCAUCGCGCUGGUGUCCGUUUCCACUUUCUUCCUGACCUUCAUCGUCAUCAUCCUGGCCGUGAGGUUUUGUCGCAGGAGAAAGCCCAGACUGUUGUUUGAUGGAGCUGUAGCCAUUCCCAGCGCGUAUCUUCCUCCAAAUUACGCAGAGGUGGAGGGCGCGGGAACUCUCCGCAGCACUUACAAUUAUGACGCAUACCUGACCACGGGAUCGCGCACUAGUGACUUCAAGUUCAUCAGAUCUUAUAAUGAGGGCACUGACCUGACUCUGAAAAAGACUCAGUCCGCUGUGGAUGAUCUUGAAGGGCUUGGUGCAGCAAUGAGCGAUUCGUUUCAGUUUGUUUAUAAUGAGAAUUAA